AUGCAACGCGUCCGCGAUCCUGUCUCACACCGGAAGAAGAAGUUCGUGUUUUUCGUGAUAUUGCACGUGUCGUUGAGUAUCAGCGGCGCGCCGGUAUACGGCCAACGCCGGUAUACAACGGUCUACCUGAGCUACUGCCUUCGUGUUCCUCAGCGGCGUCCACACCUGCAAGUAGUUGUUGGGGCACUCCGGCCACACAACCUCUUCCUCUACCAUCCCCUUCCGCGGACGUGGUCGUGGUCCGACACUAUCACCAUACACCCGCGCCUCCGUCUUCCAUCAGAACCCGUGUGCGUACUACGUCUUUGCGUGAGAUGA